UAUUUGUGAGUGUUGUUAACCCUACGAUGAAACAUAUUAUUCGUUACUACAACAAGUCUAAUCCUAGUAGAGUAGUGUUCCAAUAUAUCUUUAGUAGCGAAAUUCAUCUUUUAGAUGUAAACGUCAACGGUCCCAACAUCCAACCAAAGCCAAAAAAGUUACCGUGUGAUUUACAUACAUGUAGCCACCUUUGUGUAUCAGCCAACAACGGAAAACACGAAUGUAUCUGUAAAGAUAACUAUGUUUUAUUACCAAAUGGAACAUGCAGUAUUGAUUCAACAAUCUGGUACCCACCGCGCUGCAUAAUAGGUAGCACGGACACCAUUUCAAUGUUUUACCCGACUUUAAUUCAUAGCUCUUUGGAUGAUAAUCAACAAUAUAUUAAUCUCUUCCUUCGUAGAACUAAAACAAUAAUUACAGCUGUGACAGUUGACAUAUACAGUAAUUUGUUGUUUUUCGCGGAAGAUACAACAAAAUCAAUAAAUGUUGUAAGAAUGAAAGGAGGCGCAGAUUUGAAAAUAAUUCACACUUACACUGGCGGUCGGGUUGAUGGUAUGGCUGUUGACUGGAUUUCGCUUAACGUUUACUGGGUUGAUUAUCUAAAAAAUCUUCUAAUGGUUUCAUCCUAUGACGGAAUAGCUCAAUCAACACGGUUUUUUAACGUCAUUAGGCCAAGGGCUAUAGCAGUAGACCCAAAUGCAAGAUUGAUAUUUUGGACUGAGAAGACAUCACCGACAAAACUCGUGAGCUGCAAUCUGGGUUAUACAAAUCGAAAAGAUCUUAUAAACACAAAUCUGCUGAAUCCAUCAGGGAUCACUCUUGAUCACGCCCAAAGAAGGAUUUAUAUUGUUGGUGAAGAUAGUACACUUAUAUAUACUAUUGACUAUGAUGGUAUCGAAAAUGUUGACGUUAUUGGCUCAAGUAUCAGUCCUGCUAAAGACAUCACUCUUUAUCAGGAUUUCAUUAUAUUAGCUGGAUCGUACGAGCGACAGUCGGGAUUUAUUGAAGCAAUACACAAGGUCUCUGGUAGUCAUGAAGGUCGUAUAAAUGUGAAUACUGCAGUCUAUGCCAUUGAAACCAUUGAUAAAUCAGCUCAACCUAUAGCUACACUAACUACAACACCAGAAAUAACCACUACGUCACCUUUGACGACACGAAGGAAUGUGCAAACCACAGCGACUACAACAACCACAAUAAACACUACGUCAUAUUUAACCACAGCAAGGCAUGCACAAACCACAGGAAGUAAAUUUACUCUUAUCAUCGGUUGUGCCUCUGGGGCUUUUGCCUUAAUUGUUGUCCUGGUGGUAAUUACCUUGCUGGGUAAAAGGCAUAAAAGGAAGCAUCAAGAUAUGACUGUAGCCUUUGGAAAUCUUCAAGAGUAUAAAUUUUUCGAAUGAGCUUCGUGUCAAGAGCAUAGAGUCAGCAUUGCCAAAAACAACCAGAUCUAUGAUGUACAUAAGGUGAAAGAAGAUCCACUGACACACAAAGAAUCGUCCAUCGGUGCUUAUGGGGGAAAUAAAUCAAUCGGAGGAGACCUAUACAAUGCCUUUAAAGUAAUUUCCGGGCAUUGGAAAAACUCAGAAAAA